AUGCUUGCGACCGAUAUGUCGCUAACAGAUCCAGCGUCUCCCAUCGACCCGAACGAGCCGGACACCGCGACCCUGCACCAGCCUGCCCGCCCUACUACAACAGAAGAGAAACGAGUCUGGAGAGAGGGGCAGAAUGCGAUGACCUACAACGCAUGGCUAGCGAACGAGAAAGAGCUGGAGGACGCCUUUCGCAUCUGGCGAGAUACAGACGACGGUAAACGCGAGGUCGCAGAAGUGUACAGCCGCUUCCCAGGUUUGCGGCUCACAUCCAUGGGCGCCGAGGACGUCUCCUGGUUCGUUAGGGAGAUGUCAACCCCAGGUACAUACUUGCGUACGACGUGGGAUGCCGCCCAGAGCGAUCCAAACACCAGACCGGGAUUUUCAGUCCCGCAGCUCAAGCUAUUGGUGCUUUUGGCAUCUCCGCGGCGGUCGCUUAAUACGUGCAACUUUCCUGGCCAAUGCCAGCAACUCUUCCUCUUUUAUGGAUUCAUGGAGUGGCGAAACAUCUUCGGUCCUGAAGCUGGUGAGCGAUCUGACGAAUAUGAUCGUCUCUUCCCCCACUACGGAUAUCUCGAGGGUAACCUUCUUGACUGGCCCCCACCAUGCAAACCAGAAGGCAGAGGGAUUCCAAUGGGAUAUGGAAUCACUCUUCCGCCCGGUGAAGAGAGUAUGCUCACAACGGAGCGUUACCUGCUCAACAAGCCAUUGUACUGGGAUACACCGCCAUACAUCCCAAGUAGCCGCAUAUACCCAGGAACAACUGCAAAGGGCAUAGCCGACAUGCCGGCAGAAGUGCUCGACAAAAUUUUCAAGCGAGUUGCUUUGUUCGGAGGCCCGACCAUCAUGGCACUGAAGAACCAGCCAUCCGCACAUGCUCCCAGUCGUUUCCACGCCACUUUCGCACUUCCAACACAUCGUAUCGAUAUUGAUAGAUGUAUGGUCAGUGACUGGGACGCCCAAUUUCAUCCCUGCACGAAAAUCCCCAAGAUACUCGACCUUCGUAGAGUCUGCCGUGAAUGGGGCGACAUGAUCCGAGACGUCUUCUUUCAGAACACAUUCGUUUUUCGCUGCGAAGAUCAUGGACAUGGUUCAAUUUCCCAGAAUGUUUGGACCAUUUCCACAUCGAUGAGAGAGGAUCGAUACAGCCUGGCCAACUUCAAGAUUCGCUUCGAUCCUAUCUUAAAAGAUGGGGUGGCACAGCCUUUCGAAGGCUCGGAUGAGAUUGGCUUCAGUUACGAAGAAGAAGUAGUCCACCUCGGAGCCAGCCGCAAUACAGGCAGAAUGAUCUUCGGUACCGACGCUCCUUGCGACCGGACCUUCGUUAAGAGAUGGAUCAACAACCAACUGUUCUUGGAUGACGGAGGCCACCUGGCUGUGCGAGCCUUCCGACUGAAGUUCGAUCCUGGUACCCAUGCAAGGGAGCUUUCCAAGCAAUGGCUCUCGGAUAUCUUCCAACACUUGCACAAGAGGGGCGUAGGCGGAAAGACCGGCAGUAACACCUUGCUGCUCGACUGGAGUGCUCGAGACCUGUGA